AAGAGUGUUUUAGUGAAAAGUCAUUUCUGAUUUAAUAAAUUUUCGAUAGUGAUAUCUUUCAAUCAUCGUUGCAUCUCAUUUCACUACUUGUGCUGCAUCGUAUUUAUUAGAAACAAUGGCAGUGCAACCUAAUCAGCAGCUCAGUAUGGACCCUCCCACACAACAGAGCUUUGUUAGAUUUUUUAAGAAUCUUCCAGAGAAACUUGACACGACGAUACGAUUCUUCAACAGGUCAGACUAUUAUACAUUGCAUGGAAGUGAUGCUCUCUUUGCUGCACAAGAAGUAUUUAAAACAACGUCUGUUUGUAAAAUGAUUGGAGCUGAUCCACAUAAGACGGAAGGAGUCAUUCUCAAUAAAGGCCAUUUUGAAACAUUUGUGCGUGAUUUGUUGUUAGUUAAGCAAUAUAGAGUUGAAGUCUAUGUAAAUCAAGGCUCGUCUAAAAAUCAAAACUGGGUCUUGGAAUAUAAAGGUUCACCCGGAAAUUUAUCUCAUUUUGAAGAUAUUUUGUUCGGUAAUAACGACAUAGCUGUGGGUGUAUCUGUAAUAGCUGUAAAACUAGGUACGGAAGGAAAAUCCAGAGUUGUUGGGCUAAGUUGUGUAGAUGUCGUUUCGACUUUAAUUUUAGUCGCCGAGUUUCAAGAUAACGAAUCGUUUUCGAAUUUAGAAUCACUUAUUGUAACUCUGGCUCCAAAAGAAUGUUUAUUAAUUCAAGGGGAAGGAAGUUAUGAAUUUCAAACUCUUAAACAACUAAUAGAAAGAAACAAUACAAUGGUCACUUUAAGAAAAAGAAAUGAAUUUUCCAGUGAUUCAAUCAUAGAUGACCUAAAUACAUUAAUAAAAUUCAAAAAAGGACAGAAGCAAAAUGCACAAUCACUGCCUGAAGUUAAUUUAAAUCUAGCUAUGUCUGCUACUUCUGCUCUCAUCAAAUAUUUAGAUUUAACAUCGGACGAAGGCCAUAUGAAUCAGUUCAGUCUAAAACAAAUGGAGCUUUCGCGAUACAUAAGAUUAGAUUCUGCGGCAAUAAAAGCUCUUAAUAUAGAACCGCAGAUUGAUGGGGCUUCUAACUUGCACGGAAAUCCUGCCGCUAGCGUCUUAACGUUGUUAGACAAAUGCAGGACCGCACAAGGACAUCGUCUAAUUGCGCAAUGGGUUCGACAGCCCCUUAGAGACUUGUCUCUAAUAAAGGAACGGCAUGAUAUCGUUGAAUUAUUAGUACAAAAUAAUGAAUUAAGAUCCGUUCUUAAUGAUGAUUAUUUAAAACGUAUACCAGAUUUACAACAGCUCGCAAAAAAAUUGGCUAGAAAAAAAUCAGCAUUACAAGAUUGUUACAAAAUCUACUUGUGUGUAUCAUAUUUGCCAAAAUUAUUAGAACAACUCUCAACAGAAGCAAGUGUGACAGCACUGAAAACAAUGAUAAUAGAUCCAUUAAAAGAACUGAUAGAAGAUAUGGAUAAAUUUCAACAGUUGGUGGAGCAAACAAUCGAUUUAGAUGCUGCUGAAAAGGGAGAUUUUAUGGUUAAUCCGGGAUUUGCGGAUGAUUUCAAAGAAUUAAAAGAUGCCAUGGAUGAAACAGAAGAAAGGAUACAACAACAGCUUAGUAAAGCGGCGGAUGAUCUUGGUAUGGAAGCAGGGAAAACAUUAAAGUUAGAAUCUAAUCAACAAUUGGGAUAUUAUUUUCGUAUCACGUUAAAAGAAGAGAAAAUUCUUAGAAAUAAUAAGCAUUAUACAAUUUUGGAUUCUAAUAAAACCGGUGUAAGAUUCCGAAACAGUAAAUUGAACGAAUUAAACGACGAUUUUAUAGUCGCUAGAAAUAAAUAUCUGGAGAGACAGAAAGAUGUUAUUGCAGAGAUUAUAGGAAUCGCAGCUGGUUAUAGCGAAACAAUGCGUACUAUUGGUAGUGUGCUGGCAUGCCUCGACGUUCUCACAGCGUUUGCUUCCACGGCAGUAAGCGCUAACAAGGUGUAUGUGCGUCCCGAAAUGGUCCCGAGUGAAGAAGGUGAAUUGAAUCUUAUACAAGUCAGACAUCCAUGUUUGGAGAUGCAGCAAGGAGUAGAUUAUAUUGCCAAUGAUAUUAAUUUUAAACGAGAUCAAUACCAUUUUUGCAUCAUUACUGGCCCAAACAUGGGAGGUAAAAGUACUUACAUUAGAUCUGUUGGUGUAGCUGCAUUAAUGGCACAUAUCGGUAGUUUUGUUCCUUGCGAUAGAGCGACUAUAUCAUUAUUGGAUUGUAUAUUAGCUCGAAUAGGAGCUGAUGAUUCUCAAUUAAAAGGAUUGUCGACUUUCAUGAUGGAAAUGAUAGAAACUGCUGCUAUUUUGAAAACAGCAACAUGUAACUCUCUUGUAAUUAUUGAUGAGUUGGGUAGAGGGACGUCUACUUAUGAGGGUUGUGGUAUAGCAUGGUCAAUAGCUGAACAUUUGGCAAAGGAUAUUAAAUCGUAUUGUCUGUUUGCUACACACUUUCAUGAGAUCACUAGGUUAGCCGAAGAAAUAUCUACUAUACAGAAUCAUCAUGUUACUGCUCUUGUCGAAGAUAAUAAAUUGACAUUACUUUAUAAAGUAAAACCAGGGAUUUGUGACCAAAGUUUUGGUCUUCAUGUCGCUAAAAUGGCUAAUUUCCCGUCAGACGUGAUAGAAUUUGCCAGAAGAAAACAAGCAGAGCUUGAGGAUUAUCAAAGCGUAGUUUUUGAAGGAUCCAAUGAUCCCCACAAGAAACGAAAGAUUAUUCAGGAAGCUGAAACACUCAUUUCACAAUUUCUCAAAAAGUGUAAAACCGUAGAUCUAUCUUUAUCUGAUGCUGAUGUAGAAAGUAAAGUAUUAUCAAUGAAGGAAGAAGUACUGUCUCAUAAGAAUCCUUAUAUUAAAGCAUUACUCGAUGCUUCUUCUUAAUCAAAUUUAAAUAUUGUAGAAAUCCCUUUGUUGGGGAUGUUUAAAAGAAGAAAAGGAAAAAGAGGGGAAGAGAGAAAAAUAAUAACACGCAAACAGUAUUAUUUUUAUAAACAUUUUCGUUCAUUAAUUAUACAUUUCCCGUCCUCUGAAAGACUAUUUUUAUUAAAAAGAAAAAUAUUUAAAAAAUUAUAUUAAAAUUUUGU